CUCUUUGGGGUAAAGUGAUUAGAAGUAUCCAUGGUACGGAUGCUUUUGAUUGGCAUAUGACAGGGAAAGGAGGUAGAAGCCUGAAAAGUCCAUGGGUCAGCAUCUCAAAAACAUGGCUGAAGGUAGAAAUCUUGGCCACUUUCAAACUUGGUAAUGGCAGUCGUAUUGCUUUCUGGUUAGACACUUGGGAAGGACAUUCCCCAUUCAAUAUCCUUUUUUCUAGCUUAUUCAGAAUCACCACGCUACCUAAUGGCUCAGUUGCCGAUCAUUGGGACAAUAACAUAGCUUCGUGGUCCAUUACUUUUCGAAGAUCGCUUAAAGAUGAAGAAGUGUCGGCCUUCCAAGACUUGUUGAGGAAAAUUGUAAGUAGAAGCCCUUCUCUCUCUUUUGAUAAAAGAGUGUGGUCCAUCUCAAACAAUAGCCAAUACACCGUUAAAUCCCUCAAAAACCACCUUACACCAUUCUCUCCUUUGGAAAAGCCCAUCUUCUCGACUAUUUGGAAAACAAAAAGCCCAAGAAGAGUCAACAUCCUCAUUUGGAUUAUGCUUUUCGGUCAGCUGAAUGUAGCCGAAGUCCUUCAAAAGAAGCAACCAACACCCUCCCUUUCCCCCACAGUAUGCCCAUUCUGCCUACAUCACAGUGAGGUCUCGCUUCACCUUUUCUUUACAUGCCCUUACUCAAGUUGGUGCUGGAAUAAGCUGCUGUGUUUUUUCAAUCUUCCAUUGACCUUGUGCAAUGAUUUCAAAAGUAAUGUGUUUCAGCUCCUUGCCAGACCCACCUCCCACAAAUCUACCCGUUUGUUAUGGUGCAAUGCUGUAAAAGCCUUAUUGGCAGACCUCUGGUUUGAAAGGAACCAAAGAAUUUUCUAUAACAAAGCCACCAGUUGCCAAGAUCGCCUUGAAGCCGCCCGUCGUCAAGCCUCCUCCUGGUGCCUCCUCUCCGACCCUUUUCGUGCCUACAGCCUUUCAGACUUCAACCUCAAUUGGGAGGCCUUUAUCUCAACCCCUCCCAACGGACAGCACUAAAAUCCUCUAGAUUUCCAGAUUCCAGCAACGCCUAUUGAAUUUUUUAUAUAUUUUUAUUAUUUUUCAGACCACUGUUUUGCCUUCAUCAUUAGUUUUUUUCACUUUUGUUGUCUUUUUAGGCUUUGUCCUUUUUUUGUAAUCUUGUUCUCUUAUCUCUCAGUCAUGGGAUAGAAUUGGAUAUGAUGAGGAUGCUAAGGGAGUGUCAACCUAGUUGAGACGUCCGGAUAUGGCUUUAAUUAAAAUUGAACAAGGAGACCUUGGUGAAUUGAUUGAGUCUAUUUAGUGGCAACAAUUUGGUCCUUUUCACCUUCGUUUUGAAAAAUGGAAUCCGAAAAAGCAUGGAAGGCCAACAGUCAUAAAAGGCUUUGGGGGCUGGUUGAGCAUAAAAAAUCUUCCCCUGGAUUUUUGGUGCAAAAGUACUUUUGAAGCCAUUGGUGCCUAUUUUGGUGGUCUGGAAUGUAUAGCUGUUGAGACCCCCAAUCUCAUUAAUUGUCAAGAAGCCAAAAUCAUAGUUAAAAGGAAUUUAUGUGGUUACAUCUCGGCGACUAUAGAAGUUAAACAUGUAAGCCUUGGUAGUAUUUACUUAAAUUUUGGGGAUAUACAGUACUCGGAACCCCCGGUUAUUAAUUCCGGUGAAGUUUCUAUUGAUGAGUUCUCAAAUCCUUUAGAUAUAUUACGUUUAAAUCAAGUUUUGAAGGAUGAAGGGGUUGAUUCCCUGGCCCUACAUUCAGAUUGGUCCUUUUUAGCUUCCUACCCGUCGGUUCCAAGCUACUCGAGGAACCCCAAUACUCCAAUGGAAAAUGUUCAACAGUCGAAUGCCAAUCCGGAGAGUUUUUUCCAGCCAAACAGAGCAGACGAAGGGGAAAGGUCACCAGAUGAUAGUUGGAAAGGAAGAGGAAACGUCACAGAUGAAAAUGAAGAAUUGUCUUUAAUGAUGAGAGAGAAGAUUCCAGCCGUUCAACUAUUAAAUAAAGUUGUCUCCAGAAAUUUAUCUAUUAAAGAGGAAGAAGGGGAAAAGUCAUAACUCUUUACCAGCCCUUCAGCCGAUCCAUCUUCCCCCCAAAUUGUUUUUAACACAUCAGAAAAGCAGCAGAAAGGUCAGGAAAAAAAAAAUUUAAAUGAUUCAGUUUAUUUAACCCCCAAUAAAUCAGGGGUAUCUGAAAGGUCUAAAAAAGAAGGACAGGUCAGCAGUGUUUUUAAUCCAGCCUCCGAUAUUAUUACCAGCCACUCUAGAAAUCCCCCAGGCUGCCAUUCUCCAGUGCAAAACCAAUCAAACACUCGGGCUCACUUCUCCAAUGUCUUCACUCGGAGAAAAACCUCCUUAAAAAAUAAAUGGAUAGGACUUCAUGACAGACCCUUAUCGACAGCAAGUGUGGCUUCUGACCCUUCCAUUUUAGUGCAGAGUGAAAGCAACCCUGAUUUGCUAGAGGUAUGUUGCACCAAAUUCCAACUCCCCUCUCCAACUUUAAAUAAAGCCUUCCCCAGCCCUCAAACUCUGCAUUUCAAUCACUCCAGUUUCAAAAUUCCAGAGUCAAGCAACACUUUCAUUAAGGGAUUACCCUGCACCCCUCUAAAGCCAAGAAGUUUAGAAAUUUGAGAGUUUGACUCACCUUUUAGUGUAAGCAGUGCUGAAUUGGAUUUUUGCCCUGUUUUGAAUCAAGAUGAAAGGCUCCAAGGACUUCUCCCUUGAAUAGACC